ACGUAGAUUACUGAUUUUGGAGUACUCCAUCCGAGUGCCCUCCGGGUAGCAUAUUAUCUCUCAUUUUUUUUAUAUACUACCUCUCAUAUCUCUAAUCUGUUCGGAGGAUUACGUUAGUAUUAGUACGGGCCCUUUUUUGCAUUCCAGUGUGGUUUUGUCGCUUUGCUUUAGUAAUAAAUAUACCAUUGCAUUGAACGGUCAACGUAUCGGUCCCCCUAAAAAUGUAGUUUCGUGUUAAGUAAAGUGCACAAAUAAAGUUUACUGAGUUUUCUUUUAGCAAAGUAUACGGUCGAAGAAAUCAAUUUAGAAUCCGCAAAAGAAACUCGCGAAACGCUAUUACACGAAAAAUAGUGUCCAAAACUAUUGUUCAAAUAGGGUCCGAACAAAUGGUGCCGUGACCAGGAUUUUUGUCGCGGAGUGAUUUUGGACACCAUCAUGUGCACAACGAAAUAGUGCGUUUUAUUUCGAUUGAAUCGCUGUUUCUGUGAGUGUGGAACAAACAAUAUCUAUCGACAAAACUAACGAAAGGUUCAAUCACCUUCAUAUGGCACCGGAUUGAGCGCAACCCAUACUCAAUGUGCCUAUCUAUACUGACCACCGGCUAGGCAGCAUUCAGCGGCAUUUUGUUCGGGGCGAAACCAAACGGUGGUUUCGUCAGCACAGUUUCAAAGAAAGUAGUUACCGGGGGCGCGUAUUAUCAUAUACGGUUUUUAAUACAAGGCCUGUACAGCCAGGCUCACACGGUGAGUACUUGGCUGGAAUUGUUGUUUAUGACCGAUCAUUGCAAUCAUUGUUCGCUUUUCGGAUUACAUUAUGCGAGUUCGCUGAUACUGGACGAUCAACUGAUGUGCACUUGGCUACUGAAGCGCUCGACCAAGUGCAGCACACCGUAGUGGAGGCAUAGCCUGUAUCGGAUGGUGCCUGGAGAAUUCGAAGAAUUGCUGCAGUUUUCCGGUUGCCGUUUAACCAUAAUUUCAAGGCUUAAUUUAUUAGGCUUGCAGGUGAGCCUCUGUCCAUUUAAUCUUAAACGAUUUGUGUGGUGCUGUGCUUCGUUGUAAAUUACAGUAGCCAUAAAUUGGUUUAUCACACUCGACCGGGGAUCGUUGGUGACGUCAUCGAAUCGUUGUUGAUGAUCGACUGUGCCCAAGAACAUUUUGCCGACUGAGGAACGCCCGGAACAUUACCGAUACGGAUCGCAAUUUUCAACUGGUGUACGCUGCUUAGAAGGGACUGCUACUGAUCGGCUGCGGAGAGCACUUUAUUACAACGCCUAAUUUAUUAGGCUUACAGUCGUAGUCGUGCAGGAUCAUUUUCUCCGGUUGGGAAACACUAGAGGCGCAGCCGAUAUAAUUGUAUUGCCGAUUGGUGGAUGCAUUUCACGAGAAACUGCUGCUGUUUGCUGUAGGAAGUAAAUUACAAGGCCUAAUUUCUUAGGCUCUCAGGUGAGCCUCUUUCCAAUCCUCGUAUUGCAUUUCUGUGUGGUGCUGUGCUUCGUACCUUUUUCACAGUUCUUUUCGUCGACGUCAACUACUGUGCGAUGACGAAGAAGCUGAAGCCGAAGCUGCAAGUGCGGGAUAACAUCGUGGAUUUCCUAAAACGCACAUCUCGCUUCCUGAAGAACUACGUCCCCGACACUCACGCCCUUCAGGUCCAGACUCGUAUGGACAAACUGGACGAGAAAUGGGACGAAUUUGAAGACAUCCAAGCACAGAUCGAGCAGAUGGAGGAGCACGAAGAGAAGGCGGAUGACCACAAAAGGACUAGGGCCGAGUUCGAGGAGUUGUACUUCCAGGUAAGGGCAGGGUUGAAAUCAAAGUUGCCAUCCACUCUUUCUUCUUCCGCACCCCCCUCCGCUAAUGCACCUGUGGGGGCGUGUGCCGGCAUAACAUUGCCAAAAAUAAAUUUGCCAGAAUUCAAUGGGGAAUUCGAUAAGUGGUUGCCAUUUUUCGACACGUUUAAGUCGCUAAUCCAUGAUAACCCGGAUUUAAGCGGUAUCCAACGUUUCCACUACUUGCGAGCGUCUCUAAAGGGUGAGGCGCUGAAAGUUGUAGAUUCCUUUCCAUUAUGUGAAGCGAACUACGCGGCGGCUUGGUCUGCACUAAUCAAACGCUAUUCGAACGUAUAUCUGCAGAAGAAACGACAUGUGAAUGCUCUUCUGCAGUUUCCGAAGUUAAAGAAGAUGACUGCUAGUGGGAUCCAUGACGUCAUCGAUUGCUUUGAUCGGCACACGAAAAUCUUGGAUCAAUUGGGUGAAGUGACAUCGGGCUGGGGGGCGAUGCUGACACAACUAUUGGUAUCCAAGCUGGAUGAUUCGACGCAGAAGGACUGGGAAGAGUUCGCCUUGAAGAAACAAGAUCCGACGUUCCGGCAAGUGAUGGAGUUUCUCGAGGGUCAAACCCGGAUAUUAGAUGCGAUUGCGGUCGAUCAGCGUGGCGAAUGUCAGCGUGUUCCAUUUUCCACUCCAUCCAACUCCUUCAAGAAAUCUGUGCCAAAGCUGGCAGUGAAUACAGCGUCUGAGAGUUCAACAACAAAGUGUGUUUCUUGCAGUGGUCCACAUUACAUAAUAAAUUGCCCCACGUUCGCGAAGAUGAGUCUGGAUAAGCGGUUCCAGGUUGUCAAUUCGAAGAAGCUGUGCAGCAACUGCCUCCGUCGCGAUCACUACAGUCGGGAUUGUAAGUCCUCUUUCCGUUGCCGAACGUGUAACAAGAAGCACCAUAGUCUCCUCCAUCCUGGGUUGUCAGCAUCCGGUUCCAAUUCAGCGACUGCCGCUCAGGAAUGUACUCAAUCGCAAACGGGCGGUUCGAAUGUUUCUACUACUGCAGUUGCUCCGGUUGAUGCUCCUCAGCAGGUGCUCCAGAGUUCGGUUGCUACAAUCUAUGCGGCAAAUGUCACAGCUGAAUCUCGAGAAGUUCAUGUUUUCUUGUCAACGGUUCUCGUGUCGGUGAAGGACUGCAACGGGCGGUCUCACAUGGCCAGAGCUCUUCUCGAUAGCGGAUCCCAGGCGAAUCUGAUCACGGAGAGAUUGUGCCAAGUCUUGAAGUUACCACGGAAACAAACUAGCGUGCCAAUCGCUGGUGUAGGCAGUGCGCGGGUUCAGAUAAACAGUUCUGUGUCCACCACAAUAGCUUCGAGAAUCACCGACUACGCCAUCCCGAUGGACUUCUUAGUUCUGAAGAAAGUAACAGAGGAUCAGCCUUCGACGACGAUUCCGGUCAGUAGUUGGAACCUACCAUCAGAUAUGGUACUGGCGGAUCCAGGUUUCAACAAGCGGGCUCCAAUUGACCUAUUGCUGGGAUUGGAGUAUUUCUACGAGUUCUUGUUACUCAACGGUGGUCGGAUUCAAAUACAGCGGGUAGGUGAAGGAAUUCCACUCUUCGUCAACACUGUUUUCGGGUGGAUAGCAGCCGGUAAAGCGGAUUUGGGUAGCCUUAACCCGAUUCCGUGCUGUCACGUAACGACCAACGCGACUCUGGAGGAAAAAAUUGAGCGAUUUUGGAGUAUUGAGGAGAUGCAGGACGUUCCACGGCGUUCUCAAGAAGAACAAGACUGUGAGGAACAUUUUCAAGCCACUUUUUCACGUGAUUCAACCGGAAGAUACGUGGUGCGUCUGCCGAAGCGAAUGGGUUUCGAGCAGAUGAUCGGUGAGUCGAGAGAUACGGCUCUCCGCAGACUUAUGCAACUUGAACGGCGGUUGGGCAAGGACGCAAAUCUGCGUAAGAGUUACAACGAAGCGAUGCAGACCUACUUGGAGCUGAACCACAUGACAGCAGUUCCGGACGAAGUUUUGAAACACGAUAGUCGUCUCGCUUGUUAUCUGCCUCAUCAUCCGGUUAUCAAAGAGUCGAGUACAACGACAAAGAUUCGGCCAGUAGUCGACGGUUCCGCGAAAACAACCUCGAACCACUCUCUAAACGACGCUUUGAUGACAGGACCGGUUCUUCAAGAUCCUCUUUUUGAUCUGGUUCUUCGCUUUCGCAAACACGCAGUUGCUCUCGUUGCAGACAUCGAGAAGAUGUAUCUACAGGUGAGAGUGCAUCCAGAUGACACCUCUCUACAGCGGAUUUUGUGGAGAUUCUCGCCGGAGGAGCCGAUUGCAACGUACGAAAUGAAUCGUGUAACAUUUGGUUUGGCUCCGUCUUCGUACCUCGCGACACGUUGCUUGCAGCAGCUGGCAGACGAUGAAGGAGAUUUGCAUCCACGGGGAAAGGAGGCGCUCAUCAACGACUUUUACGUGGACGACUACGUCGGUGGGGCAGAUUCUGAGUGUGAAGCUAUCUUGUUGCGGCAAGAUUUGGAGCAGCUAAUGCCUAAAGGAGGUUUUCGGCUGCGAAAAUGGAUGUCCAAUGCAAAGGGUGCGUUGGAAGGACUGCCACCGGAGGAUUUAGGAACUCAGUCUACGCUGAACUUCGAUCAAGAGCAGGUGAAAACGCUAGGAAUCCAUUGGCGACCAGGGCCGGAUGUGCUGGGUAUCGACGUGUCAAACCUUACUGUAAACGGACAGUGGACUAGGCGCAAGGUAUACUCCGUCAUCGCUCAGCUGUGGGACCCUAGCGGUAUUACGGCUCCAGUCAUUUCUUGGGCCAAGAUACGGAUGCAGCUUUUGUGGGUAGCAGUUCAAGGAUGGGAUGAUCCCCUGUCUGAAGAAUUAGCCAACCGGUGGACUGAGUUCUACCAUCAACUACCCGUCCUGUCAGAGAUCGAAGUGAAACGGCAUGCUUUCGUCAAUUAUCCGAUGUUGAUUCAGUUCCACGUUUUCUCGGAUGCGUCGGAAGCGGCGUAUGGAGCGUGCAUCUACGCUCGGUCGAUCGAUCAACGGGGACAUAUUAAAGUGGAACUAUUAGCGGCAAAAUCUCGACCAGCGAGUUUGAAGAAGACGACCCUUGCAAGGCUAGAAUUGUGUGGUGCUCAUGUAGCGGCCAAACUCUAUCGUGCGACUGCGAAAGCCCUUAAGAUGGAAGAUACGGAAACCUGGUUCUGGUCGGACUCAACGGUGGUACUGUCAUGGCUGAAGUCGCCGCCGUAUGUCUGGCCUACUUUUGUGGCUAAUCGGGUAUCUCACAUCCAAGAGCUGACAAAGGGACAUCGGUGGAAUCAUGUCAAGGGGACUGAAAACCCAGCCGAUCUCGUCUCACGUGGCGUCAUGCCCAAGGAUCUCGUCGACAAGCACCACUGGUUUCACGGGCCGGAUUGGUUGUCGUUACUCGAUCAGCAUUGGAAUACCGAACGGCAUUUGAAGUACGAACGACCAGCGGAGGAGCUGCUGGAGAGAAAGAAGAACGUUAUGGUCGUAGCCGAUUCUCAGCAACCACAUCUACUGCUGGAUCGCUAUUCUAGCUACUGGAAACUUCUUCGGAUCACGGCAUAUGUCCUCAAGUUCAUCCGGAGAUGUCAGCAUCGUAGAUCGCCCCCCACGUCCUCUUCCUUGUCUGUAGCGGAACUACAAGAAGCUAAAUACACGUUGGUGCGGUGUGUUCAACGGGAACCGUUUGCCGCGGAAAUCAAAGCGUUAGCCAAUCAUCGACCGAUUCAAGCCCACUCGUCGCUGAAGCUUCUUCACCCUUUUCUGGAUCACCAGGGCAUACUUCGAGUUGGUGGCCGGCUGAGAUUGGCCGGAGAAUCGUAUGCAGUUCGACACCCCAUUAUCCUUCCCAGCAAUCACACGUUUUCACGCCAAGUCGCAGUCGCCUACCAUGAAUUGUCGCUCCAUUCCGGCCCCCGAAUGACGCUCGCACAAAUCCGGCAAGAAUUCUGGCCAUUACGUGGAAAGGCACUAGCAACUUAUACUUUCCGAAACUGCUUACGCUGUUUUCGAACCAACCCUGUCCCUGUAUCCCAACCACCUGGUCAAUUACCAAAACCUCGUACAACUCCUACUCGUGCAUUCGCUGUCACCGGUGUAGACUACUGUGGUCCAGUCUACCUUAAGCCUGUUCACCGUCGUGCGGCAGCACAAAAGGCUUACAUCGCCGUCUUCGUGUGCUUCAGCACGAAGGCCGUCCAUCUGGAGCUGGUUGGAGAUCUUACCGCAUCUGCCUUCCUAGCUACGCUACGACGUUUUGUGGCCCGCCGAGGUCUGCCUUCUGAGAUCCACUCGGAUAAUGGCCUCAACUUCAAGGGUGCCAGCAACGAUCUCCGGGAGAUGUACGAGCUAUUGCAUGAUCCCGUCGUGCAUUCACAAAUCUCCAACGAGACGUCGAAACGAGGAAUCGUGUGGAAAUUCAUUCCACCUAGAGCGCCGAACUUUGGUGGCCUAUGGGAGGCCGCCGUAAAAUCUGCCAAGACGUCACUCGUUCGUGUUCUGGGGCAGCGUAGAUUGUCAUUCGAGGACAUGGCGACCAUCCUCACCCAGAUCGAGGCUGCGAUGAAUUCGCGGCCACUCACCCCCCUAUCGGAGGACCCAGACGAGUUAGAUGUGCUCACACCAGGGCAUUUUUUGACUGGCUCCUCGUUGUUAGCCCUCCCCGAUCCGGACUACAGUGAGAUCCCUCUGAAUCGGCUUCACCACUACCAGGGACUACAGCAGAUAAUUCAACAGCAUUGGAAACGGUGGAGACGGGAAUACAUCUCGCAACUCCACAACCAGAACCAAAGAUUCCCACAAGCAACUAUACUCGCGGUAGGCCAAAUGGUACUCCUAAAGGAAGAUGGGAAUCCAGCCAUCGAGUGGCCCCUUGCCCGCAUUAUUGAAGUCCACCCAGGCCCGGACGGAGUGGUCAGGGUGGUGAAGGUACGGAUGCCAAGCGGGUCUAUCUACAAGCGGCCAGCAUCGCGGGUGUGUUUGCUACCAUUCGAGAGGACUUCCCCGAAAGAUGAAACGCUGUCAACUCCAAUCAGCGCAACGUAGAUUGUUUAAGAUAUAUUGGUUCUCAAAGUGUUUUAGGUUAGAUAUAAGUUUUUUGGAUAUUGAAAUCGUAAAUUCCAUAUAGAAUUUAGGUGGCCGGCAUGUUCACGUAGAUUACUGAUUUUGGAGUACUCCAUCCGAGUGCCCUCCGGGUAGCAUAUUAUCUCUCAUUUUUUUUAUAUACUACCUCUCAUAUCUCUAAUCUGUUCGGAGGAUUACGUUAGUAUUAGUACGGGCCCUUUUUUGCAUUCCAGUGUGGUUUUGUCGCUUUGCUUUAGUAAUAAAUAUACCAUUGCAUUGAACGGUCAACGUAUCGGUCCCCCUAAAAAUGUAGUUUCGUGUUAAGUAAAGUGCACAAAUAAAGUUUACUGAGUUUUCUUUUAGCAAAGUAUACGGUCGAAGAAAUCAAUUUAGAAUCCGCAAAAGAAACUCGCGAAACGCUAUUACACGAAAAAUAGUGUCCAAAACUAUUGUUCAAAUAGGGUCCGAACAAUGACUUUUUGAAUAAAAGUGAUUUUAUUAAAAAAAAAUGCCAAUAUCAUUUUAACUACGCGAGUUAGAACUUUGAGCUCUUUGGAAAAAAAUAUGCGUCGUUGAUAGUUCUAAAAGUGCUCGGAACAAAGUAUUUACUAAAAUCGAACAAAUUAAAAGAUAUUUCAGGAAAACUGAAAUUCAUGAAUCA